AUGUCUGAUGCUUUGGAAGAAUGCGUUUUAUGCUUUGUUAAAUUGCUUUCUGCUGUUCCCCUGUCUUCUGUUCUUCAGCUCAGUAGAGAAGAACCUCCAGAUAUUCACUGCAGGGACUCUGUGGGGAACACUCCCUUACACUGUGCCGCCUACAGGGGGCAGAAGCAGUGCAUUAUAAAGCUGCUCAACUCUGGAGCCAGCCCCAGUAUCAAAAACACCCAUGACCAGACUGCUUUAGACCUGACCCGCAGUGAUGAACUGAGACUGAUUCUAGCAGCCUAUCAAGUCAAGGAUGAGAGCAGUGGGGUGAAGAAGAUUGAAGGCCCUCUUUGGAAGAGUUCCCGCUUUCUUGGAUGGCGAUCCCACUGGGUGGUCAUUGAGGAUGGAACGCUCUCCUGGUAUCCCAGAAAGGCUGAUGCCCUGGCUGGUGUCAGAAAACAAGGGUGUAAGUCUCUAACAAAAGCCUACUGCAUGGUCAAACCAUGGGAUCAUUGCUUCUUCAUGCUUAAGUGUUUUGAUGACACUGUACAUUAUUUCAAAGUCUCCUCAAAGACUAAUUCAGUGGCAACAAGAAAAAGAUGGUUAGAUGCAUUUGAGGCACAUUCAUCCUACAGCACUCGCCACUGCACCCAAGAAGAAUUGAUCAUCGAUGCCAAUGGUUGUGCUGAAGAAACAGUGAGGAAUCUGUCACAAGCCCUUCAGGCAGCCAACGCUUCCCAGCAGAAAUUGGAGAGUGAAGUGUCAAUAUUUCUCUCAAUGGUGAAGAAUGAGGAGAACAGUGCACUGCCUGCCCCACUUCUACUGAAAGCCAAAGAGACCAGUGAGCUCUCCAGUGAAACCUGUGCUGCUCUCCAUCUGUGCCUUGAACUGCUGUCAAACCAGGAGGAGGUAUAGGGAACCUUCCAUCUUUCUAAACUAGCCUGCAUCAGCAUGUGAACUAACAGACUCCACAGAUUACAGUUUCCUUUGGGGUCAUACCAUUCCUGACACACAAAGAAAUGCAGCCAUUUAAACAAAGGUUAGUCUAAUAUGGUGUAUUGUUGUAAUUAUUGUUUUUAUGCA